CUGUUGAACACUAGCUAGACUCUCGUCGAGUCAACGAAGGAAGGCAUCACUACAGAAGAAAAGGCAACAGCUAUCAAACAAAAGGGCAACACUCGACUUGCAUCCAAUAGGUAUAAAUUCGGUUCUCUUCUUCACUUCACACCAAGCAAUUCAAUUAAAAUUGAUCAAUCAUGACCUCCUUUACGCGAGCUGCCGUCUUGGCGUUGAUUGCCACCAGUGCUAGUGCCUUUGUGGUGCCAACCACUACUACUAGUGCUACCACCACCACCAGUCUGUUUAGUGUGGCGACGGAAUUUGACUUGAAUUCGUACAUUAUGGAAAAGAACGUUCCCAUUACCAAGGCACUCCAAGACUCGGUACAAAGCGUCGAACCACAAACGGCAAAGAUUUGCGAAUCCAUGCUCUACAGUCUCAUGGCAGGAGGCAAACGAGUACGGCCUGUAUUGGCCAUUGCGGCGGCAGAAAUGUUUGAUCCCGUCAAUGGACAAGACAAGGCCAUGCCGUCGGCUGUUUCGGUGGAAAUGAUUCAUACCAUGAGUCUCAUUCAUGAUGAUCUGCCCAGUAUGGAUAAUGAUGACCUGCGAAGAGGUAAACCCACCAAUCACGUCGUCUACGGCGAAGACGUGGCCAUUUUGGCAGGAGAUGCCCUCUUGAGUGAAUCCUUCAAGCACGUCGCACAAGAAACCAAGGGUGUCGAAGCCAGUCGCGUUCUCGAUGUCGUUGUGCGACUGGGAGCUUCCGUGGGCCCCAAGGGCCUUGCCGGUGGACAAGUCAUGGAUCUCGAAUGCGAAGGACGUGGGGAAGGACAAGUCUCCCUCGAUGAUCUCAAAUGGAUUCAUACGCACAAGACUGCUGCACUCUUGGUGGUUUCCGUUGCGGCCGGAGCCAUCAUGGGAGGUGCCACACCAGAAGAAGUCGAAGCGUGUGAGAAAUUUGCCCUCAAUAUCGGACUCGCCUUUCAAGUGGCCGAUGAUAUCCUCGAUGUCACUCAAUCGACCGAAGAAUUGGGAAAAACCGCCGGAAAGGAUUUGGAAGCCGAUAAGACGACGUAUCCCAAAUUGUUGGGGAUGGAUGGUGCCCGUGCCGAAGCCGAACGAUUGGUCGCCGAAGCCAAGGAUGCAUUGGCACCCUUUGGGGAUCGAGCCACACCACUCUUGGCGCUCGCCGAUUACAUUAUCAAUCGUAAAAAUUAA